UUCUUUGAAAAGAUCUACAAAAUUAUUAAAAUCUUUAGGAGCCAAGAAGAUGAUGAGCCUCCACAAAUGGACGGCUAAUAACGGCCAGGAAAAUUUUGUGUGCGCAAAAUAACCAGAAAAAAGCUACCUCAUUUUUAUUCACCCCAAAAAAAUAAUUUUUUUAUUUAUUAUUUGUGGGCAUCCCCUCUCUCGAGCACGAAGAGGAGAAGCAGCUGAAGGGCGAUGGAUUCAGCCAUGUACAGUCGAAUUGCUCUCUCCCCAAAUCAUGUUAUAAACUCCAAAUCAGGGGAUAAAGUGCUCUUAUACAAAGGACAAUAUAUGGCUCGUGGUGUUCCUAGAACAGUAUCAGCUGCUGGAGCUGGGAAGGGAGGUGGAUUAUUGGAAAGGCCAACAGUAGAGACUACUACUCCUGGACGUGAAUCUGAGUUUGAUUUGAGGAAAUCUAGGAAAAUGUCGCCCCCAUAUCGUGUGAUGCUGCACAACGACAACUUCAACAAGCGCGAAUAUGUCGUGCAAGUCCUAAUGAAGGUCAUACCCGGAAUGACCCUAGACAACGCAGUCAACAUCAUGCAAGAGGCUCACCACAACGGUCUAGCUGUGGUCAUCAUUUGUGCACAAGCCGAUGCAGAGGAGCACUGCACGCAGUUGAGAGGCAAUGGACUCUUGAGCUCGAUCGAACCUGCGAGUGGCGGAUGUUGAAAAGCCUAGGAUGUUGAAUUCUAUGGUAUUGUGUUUGUUAGUAUCUAGGAUGCUAGCCAUUUGUAUAUAAUCAGUUAAAAAAAGAAAACAAGAAGAUGGAGCAUGCCUGUGUUGUGGACAUACUGUUGAUAAUUGAUAACAAUACAAGAGUAUAUGAUUAGGGAAAUUGUGAUGUA